AUGGAAUUCUUCACCGAUGUCUUGCACAUCAACAAGAACAUCACUCUGGAUACCUUUCCAAUGGGCGGACCCUUGGAAGACUGGUCUCAACAAGGCUACCACCCGAUGAUGGCCAUCGGCCUUGGCGAUAAUUCCACCCUCCUGAACGCGCUCAAGGCUGGAAACUACAUCGCUUCUCGCGUUUGGAGCACGUUCUAUGGCUGGACGGGAGGAGAUUCCAACACGCAGCUCGACGGGACGUUUGUGUUUGGUGGUUACGACCGAGCCAAGGUGUCAGGCGAAGGCCAUACGCAAGACCUCAUCGACGAUGCGAGAUGUCCGACACGAAUGCUUGUCGUUAUUGACGACAUUGUACUCCACUUUCCCAAUGGCACUGAUGUUAGCAUCGUGGCGGAGAAGCCCAAUGGUUCUUUCGAUGCCUGCAUUGUCCCAGACUACCCUGUCCUGAUGACCCUGGCCUACGACCCGUAUAUGGCAGCAUUCGAGUACUACACGAACGUCAGCCUCACCCAGCGAAGCACUGGUCUGGCAUACUUUAGUCUGUUGUACAACGAUGGAGACGAGCCGUAUCGAGGUGACAUGACGAUCGACAUCAGAGACGGACCCGCCGUGCGCGUUCCGAACAGCCAACUAGUUGUGCCUGAGCAAUACAUUGCUGACCCCAAUGGCCAGCUGAUGGCCAACUACUCACGCUCAAACCUGGUGAUCAACUCUCUCCAGGACGUCAACGCCAAUGACAUCACCCAGCUAGGGAGGCAGUUUCUCUCUUCGGCAUACGUGAUGCUCAAUCAAGAUAGCGGAAAGUUCACUCUAUGGUCCGCCAACCCCACCGGCGUCGAAGACCUGGUGGCCGUUGAUGAGAAAGGACAAGACGCCACCGAUUGGUGUGAGGCUAGUACCGCCCCCACACCGGGUGCGGGUGCAUUGGAUGGCGCCGGUGCGUCUCAGGUCGGUAAGUCAUCGUCCAACGGAGCUGACGCUCAGGUAUCCCCCGGAGCCAUUGCGGGCGCCGUCGUAGGCGGCGUGGCAUUCCUCGCCUUCGUCAUUGGCGGCCUAUUACUGUACCGACGUGGUCGAGCCAAAGCAAAUGCUGUGGCCCGAUCUGCCCCCUCAAUCGACACGCCGGCUUACCGAAACACGAUGUCAUACCAAGGAGGAGCCAGCUCUUACAUUCAUAAGUCUGUCAGUGAAAUGGGCGAUGGCAACAUCAACAGGGGACCGAAUGAGCUUGAUGGGGUGACAAUUGAUCAACUAUCCCAGACAGCUCGAACAGAGAGACGCUAUGAAUUGGGAUGA